CCUAAUCUACGUGCCAGGAAGUCUGAGGCCUCAGGAUAUGAUCAGAUUAGAGCUCUUCAGCUGCUGUGCCUGUGUUAACUGCCUGGAUGGAGAUGCGCUCAAUUCAAUUUGCGGCAAUUAGUGUGACAGAAGCAAAUGCACAAGAGUCAUCUAUUAAAGCAGAUCCAUGGAGAGACGUAGUUCUCAGUUACAAAGCUGCAGUUAUGACUUGAGAAGUUCACCGUGUUGAUCUUUCUAGUCAGCCAUGGAUGGCCUGGGUCGUAGCUCAACUUAUAAAAUAUUUAAAAUCAAAUGUCUGAGUUCCAGAAACCUAACGCUGUGACAAUCUGAUUAACAAGUCAUCUGGGAACAGAACUCCUUCUGGCAGGAGCAUCUGGAAGAGUAGUGGUUGAGGGUGAUGGUGGGCCAAGGGCUGGUGUGCAGAGUUCACCCUCAGAUAAGAUGAAAAAGGAGCCACCAAAGACUUCAAAAGAGAAUUUGAAUAGCCCACCACUGACCCAAAGUGGGACAAUUUCUACAUCAAUAAGAAAAAGAGCUGGAGUGAAUUGAAACGUACCAAAUGUGGUUAAACCUAUAAUUUCAAAAUGAUACCAAAAAGCAAACAAAAGCACUAAUUGGUCACUAUUUGAAGAUGUGGAUGAACCAACACAUAUUUUGAAAAAUAGCAAGCUAAAAAAAGAUUGUGGAAAAGGGGUAUUACAGUGAGCGAGAUGCUGCUGAUGCUGUUAAACAAAUCCUGGAGGCAGUCGCUUACCUACAUGAAAAUGGAAUUGUCCAUCGUGAUCUCAAACCAGAGAAUCUUCUCUAUGCAACUCCAGCCCCAGAUGCACCACUCAAAAUUGCCGAUUUUGGACUCUCUAAAAUUGUGGAACAUCAAGUGCUCAUGAAGACAGUCUGUGGAACCCCAGGGUACUGCGCACCUGAAAUUCUUAGAGGCUGUGCCUAUGGACCUGAGGUGGACAUGUGGUCUGUAGGAAUAAUCACCUACAUUUUACUUUGUGGAUUUGAACCAUUCUAUGAUGAAAGAGGUGAUCAGUUCAUGUUCAGGAGAAUUCUGAAUUGUGAAUAUUACUUUAUCUCCCCCUGGUGGGAUGAAGUAUCUCUAAAUGCCAAGGACUUGGUCAGAAAAUUAAUUGUUUUGGAUCCUAAGAAAAGGCUGACUACCUUUCAAGCUCUCCAGCACCCGUGGGUCACAGGUAAAGCAGCCAAUUUUGUACACAUGGAUACCGCUCAAAAGAAGCUCCAAGAGUUCAAUGCUCGGCGCAAGCUUAAGGCAGCGGUGAAGGCUGUGGUGGCCUCUUCCCGGUUGGGAAGUGCCAGCAGUAGCCACAGUGGCAUCCAGGAGAGCCAGAAGGCUAGCCGAGACCCAUCUCCAAUCCAACACAGCAACGAGGACAUCAAAGCUAUUCCAGAAGGAGAGAAAAUUCAAGAAGAUGGAGCCCAAGCAGCAGUUGAGGAGGCAGAGGCUGAGCUGAUGAAGGUGCAGACCUCUGAGGAAGUUAAAGAUGCAGAUGUAAAUGCCGAAAAGGCCCCCAAGAUGGUGUCCAAGGCAUGGGAGGAUGGGGUAAAGGUGGCUGACCCAGAAGUAAAGGAGGGCCAUGUAGAGGAGAAGCAGAAGACUUUGGAAGAAGCAGCAGCCCCCAAACAAGGGCAAGAAAACCCUGCUGUGGGAUUUGGAAUUCCACAGCAAGAUGUGAUCCUGCCAGAGUACUAAGUCGGCUUCCUUCAGAUAUGGAAGCCAAACCCCGGCAUUUUAUGUACUUUGUCCUUCAGCAAGGAAGGUGUGGAAGCAUGAUAUGCACUAUAGUGAUUCUGUUUUUGAGGUGCAAAAAAAAUACAUAUAUACCAGUUGGUAAUCCUAA